AUGAAACAGUCGCUGACCGGGGUCUUGGAUUCGGAUCAUUUACAAGCACAUACUAAUACGAACUUCCUCGUCAAACCAGCAAGCAAAAUGUCCCUCCCCGGCCCCCCAGCCCAGAACGGCCUAGCCCCAGAGGACAGACUCCUCUGCCUGACUGUCUUGGGCUAUCGCAAGGCCGGCAUGGACGAGGAAGCCUACCGGAAACAUAUGACCGAGGUCUCGGCGCUGCUGACCAAGGAUCUUUUGGUGAAGUAUGGGAUUUUGCGGUGGACUCAGAUCCACAACCCCCAACGCACACGCGACCUAAUGCACCAAAUAAUGGACCACCAGAUGGUCAACAUCGCCGACUACGACUGCUUCAGCCAGGUAGUCUUCCGCAGCGUUGAGGACUACAAGCGCAUCAAGGACGAUCCGUGGUACAAGGAGCAUCUUGUUGGUGAUCAUGAGAAUUUUGCGGAUGUUAAGAGGAGUUUGAUGACGAUUGGGUGGAUCUCGCAGUGGGUUGAUAAUGGCGUUGUUGUGGAUGGAUUUCCAGACUUUCCGCCAGCGAAGGCGAAAGGUGAGGAGAGGGAAAAUGAGGAAAAGGAGAAGACUUAA